CCGGAAGCCUGAAAGCGAAAGUAGGGAAUGCCGAUAGGUUUGGAAUUUUCUGAUUAUACGCAGUGGGUGGGAAUAACCAGUUACAGUUUCAUUUGCUAAGACAAGGACACUGAGGAAGUAGCGUUGACUACAGGAUGGCCUCACUAGUACCAGACGACUUUGAUCCUGAAGAGAUGGCCAGCCUGCGCUACGUCCAGGAAACCCUAUCGGAUGAUGAAGGGGUGACAAUCACAGAACCCUCCGUCCGGGACACUCUUCUUCGUGGGGAGGUACUGACCCACCUGCACGACGCCUUGGCCAGCAUGUUCAAGGAAGAAGAACUCACCGACCUUCAGGUCAAAGUUGAGGGCAAGGUCUUUAAGUGCCAUCAAGUGAUAAUGGCAGCCAUGUCAGGCUACUUCCGGUCCCUUCUUACUUCCGGUAUGCAGGAGAGCCAGAAUGGGGAGGUAGAAUUGCAAGAUGUCUCCAAGAGAACCUUUGAACUCCUCCUGUUGUACAUGUAUUAUGGCGAGAAUGUUGUCAGUUCGGAAUCUGUGGAGGACAUUCUGAAAGCUGCAGUCCUGCUCCAGAUAAAACCCUUGGAGAAAGCCUGUGUGGAAUACAUGAGCAAGAGUCUCAACUCGAGUAACUGUAUGGGAAUCUGGAAAGCAGGCAAGACAUUCGGUUGUCCUGCACUGGUGGACACGGCCUGGGCAGUUAUUUUGAGAAAUUUUGAGGAGGUCAGCCACCAGGAAGACUUCUUGGCCUUGGACAUGGACGACGUUGUAGCCAUUUUGGACGAUGACCAGUUGAACUCCAGCAGCGAGGACCCCAUCUGUGACGCUGUCAUUUCAUGGAUCCAAUCUGACCUCUCUGAGAGGGAAGAACACAUGGAAGACCUGCUGAGCCUUGUUUGUGUACCCAAGAUGUCGUCGUCCUUUGUCUAUGACAGACUCCUCCUGGAUCAUGAUCUUAUGCAGAAAAACACCUGCUUCUUUAAAUUUGUGAUGGAAGCCACGCGUUGCCACAUGAAGCCAGAUGAGAAAUCGAAAGUGAUGGCAAAGCAGACCAAACUGAGGAAUGACCCCAAUUACCGAAAGGUUGAAGCUCUCGUUGGUGGAUAUUUCAUGACAGAUGAUCCACUUAAAUGCGUUCUUUGUUAUGAUUUGAAUCGGAGAAAGUGGUACACGGUUGCUUCCAUGCCUCAAGAACCUGGUGAGGACUUUGCAGUAUGUACUUACCAAAAUGAGAUGUAUGUUUCUGGGGGAUCUCGGAGUCUGAACACAUUCAUCAAGUACGUCCCAGGCAACAAUGACUGGCUCGAUCAACCAUCCCUCAUCACAGGACGAGAGUGCCACAGCAUGGUCGUUGUCGGAGAAAAUGUCUACAUUCUGGGAGGAAGAAACUCCCAAAUGGAGGAGGACAGCGGUAUCGUCAAGGACAUUGAGGCAUACAACACGACAAGAGGAACGUGGUCCAAGGUUGGAAAACUUGAGAUUCCUUUGGAUAGCCUCUCUGCUGCAGUGAUGAAUGAAAAAAUAUAUACCUUUGGUGGAACGGAUGAAGAUGGCCAGAGCUCUUCUGCCAUCCAGUGUUUCGAUCCAAGCAACACAAAGUGCAGUUUGGUAGCAUCGUUGCCUGAGUCAACAUCAGCAACUUCAGCAAUUGCUUUCAAUUCCAACAUUUAUGUCCUCACUCAAGAAGGGAUGGUCUUCCGGUUCGACCCCACCCAGUCCUUGUCAAAGGUUGCGGAAUUUGAAGGAAGAUCCAAGUUUGGGUUGUAUGUGGACGGGCACAGUCUCAUGGUGGUCGGUGGACAGGAUGAGAAUGGGACAUUCCUGGAUAAGAUCCUCAAGGUCAACGUGAAGUCCGGAAGCGUUGCAGAUGCUGACACAAAACUUCCAAUACCGUUCUGUGGAUUCAAGAUGGAGUCGCUGGUCCUGCCGAAGGUCAUGCUGGCUCAAGAAGGGUUCAACGUCCAGGGUCAGAACCUGUUUGACCCAGAACUAGAACUCCGUGAACAAUACAAAGCUGAACAAUACAAAGCGAAGACACGAAGGCAUCCUUUCUUACAGAACGAAUUCUAGACUCGGAGCUGUGUUCUUGGUGGAGGAAAUCUGAUGUUAACAGAUACUGAAAAGAAACCUGCCAGGGAUUUCUUGAGCCAGUCGUUUGCCAACAUCCAUGAUAACCUUCCACAACCUACCAAAUGUUUUGAGCAGUUUACUACGUCAGUUAUAUUUAGACGUACUGCCACCAAUAUAACAUUUCAGUUUGAUGUAAAUCUUUUACAUCGACAUUCUAAGUAAUAAGAAAAUUCUAAAAUUGUAUUUGCUUUAGACAUCUAAUUUAACAUCUGAAUUCUACAAAAAAAAAAGAUAUAUUCACUGUAUUUAUCAAAUUGGUUGCCUUAGUACCAUGUUACAGUUAGCGUAUAACAAUAGCACAUGCAGAGAUCUAUGAUUAUCGCACUGUGAAGCUACUUGACAUUUAAGGCUUAAUCUCGAUUAAUCAAGUCAUGCAUUGAGACCAUUCAGGUGAUAUCGAUGCUCGUCACGUUUUUUAACGAUUUCUAGUUAACAUAUAUUUGAAAGAUGUAUUCGGAUAAGUAAGAGUUUUAACUUAUGUAUUAGUUAUUGCUGUUAUCAAUAAAGUCGAUUGGUAGGGUAGUCUAGUUGCUAGAGCGUUCGCUUUUCCAGCUGAGUUCGAUCCCCAAGUUUUGCUAAUGUUGGAGUCGCCGUCUUUGUAUUGUAAUCAGGAUUCAAUUUUGUGUAAAAACGAUAAUUAUUUGAUAUGCAUGAUUUAGUUCUGUUUGCAGGAUUAUGCGUUGAAUUGGUUUCAAAUAGAUAUUACAGCUUUCUAAAAUACAUUUACGGCCAGUAUGGUCCCAUCACACCUGCUUCAGUCCCUGAACAUAUUUUUUCCCUUUUCACUAGCUCUUUUGUUUUGUUUGUUUAUUGUUUAACGCUACACUCGGCAAUAUUCCAGUUAUAUGAUUGCGGUCUAUAAAUAAUGGAUUCUGGACCAGACAGUCCAGUGAUUGACAUCAUAAGCAUCGAUCUACGCAAUUGGGAGACGAUGACAUGCAUUUUAUGUCAAGCAUGUGUUGCUGAAGAUCAAUUCUAACCCGGAUCUUCACGGGCCCGUAGUUAUUAGAGGCUCGUGUAAUUGCACGGAACCCUCGGUUCUUGUCAGAAUGAUAUGGAGACAGACUAGCGUUGCUCUGUGUUGCUGUAACUGCGUACUUAACAUGCAAGUGGAAUGUAUGUCCUGUAUUGCGUCGAUAUUUUACAUUGUAUAUCAUAUAUUGCUUUGUGUUAAAUAAACGUUCGAAACGAAUAAACGUUAUUACUGUAA